CGUCUUCUUCCUCCAGAAAAAGGAAAAGAAACGAUUCCCUUUAUUAUAUUUAUCUUCUCUCCUCUGCUCUUUUGUCCUUGGGGAAGGUGCGAGCUAGGGUUUGGAACAUGGCGGACUCUGUUGUAGCGGAGGUUAACGUUCGUCCUCUUAAGAUUGCGAGGUACCACGGAGGUUUCGAAGGAGCAUCGAAAUCAAUCAUCAAAAAGCGCGACCUCAAGAGCAGAAAAUUGGAAGACGAUGAAUAUUUGCGACAGUACAUUCAGUUUUACUAUCAGUUCCAGAAAUCCGAGGGUUUUGCGGUUGAUUGGGAUCGAUUUGAUUACUCCUUCUACACUAAAUCGUUGGAUAAUCCACCACGAGGUUUUUGCAAUAGAAGAAGCGCUGCCGAGAUUGUCCGUGAGGUGACACUCCUUGCCAUAGAGAGACAAAACGAAGCUAAGGGAACAAAACUUGUGUUGGCGGAGCACAUUCAGGCGAAUUAUCAGUUUGCUAGCGGUCUUAUGUGUUGGUUGUCAUUCUGGGCUGUCGAUAUGAAUUCAUCCACAGUACCUGAGUCCAAAAUCUAUCAAGCUAAAAUCUGGCAACGCGGGAAAGAGCACGAACUUCACCUUUUCAGGCUCAAGCCCACCGACGAAGGUGAUUCCUUAUUUGUUUCUGCUUUACUCUUCUUUUGGCUUCUAUCUUUAUAUUCCCAUCUUAACUUGUGUGUGCAGAGAUUGCUUCUGUUGAAGUGGAGCCUCCUUCUCCCAUGCUAUGUGAAGACUCUGACGAAGAAGCUGUAGUGUUUGCCCGAGCUGGUCCUGAAGAUGAUCCUCGGCUCCCCUUUGUUUUCCAUCGAACUGGAGCCUGAUCCCGGAGUCCCCUUUGGCUUCGUUCCGUGAGAAAAAAAAAAUGCGGAUGUAUCUCGUUUACAUUAAUGUUUCCUAAUUUAGUUGUCAAACCUGGGCAGAUUAAUACUUUAUUGCUUUUAUAUUUAAAAUGAAGAUCUUGAAUAUGAUAU